AUGGCUACAGUACGGAUAUGUGUCUGCGGGGACGACGGGACUGGAAAAUCGAGUCUCAUCACAUCACUAGUUAAGGAUGUAUUUGUUACGAAUAAAAUCCAAUCAGUUCUCCCUCAAAUCACCAUUCCUCCAAGCAUUGGAACUCCCGAAAAUGUUACCACAACGAUUGUCGAUACCUCUGCAGAACCCCAAGAACGCAAUACAUUACGGAAAGAGAUAAGGAAAUCAAAUGUUAUCCUGCUGGUAUACUCAGAUCAUUACAGCUACGAGAGAGUGGCUCUGUUUUGGAUGCCAUACUUUCGCUCGUUGGGUGUGAAUGUGCCUGUGGUACUAUGCGCCAAUAAAUCGGACUCGACUACAAAUGGGAACACAGCACAAGUGGUAGAGGAUGAGAUGUUACCAGUUAUGGCAGAGUUCAAGGAGAUUGAUUCAUGCAUACGGACGAGUGCUAGGGAACAUCACAAUGUCAAUGAGGUGUUCUUUCUUUGUCAAAAAGCUGUUACACAUCCAAUUGCACCACUUUUUGACUCCAAGGAAGGUAUUUUGAAACCUGCUUGCGUUGCGGCCCUAAAUAGGAUAUUUUAUUUGAACGACAAAGAUCAGGAUGGAUAUUUGAAUGACCAAGAAAUGCAAGACUUUCAAGCCAAGUGUUUUGAGAAGCCAUUGGCUCCAACUGAUCUCGAAAACAUAAAGAUCUCAAUUAGUAGAGCUUCUUCAAGCUCUAAUAUGGAGAGGGGGAUUGAUCAAAAAGGGUUCAUUCAUCUCAAUAAGAUAUUUGCGGAGAAGGGUAGGCAUGAGACUAUAUGGAUUAUUUUACGGAAAUAUCAUUACACAGAUAGUUUAAGCUUGAAAGAUAGUUUCCUUCAUCCUAAACUAGAUAUUCCAGAAUUUGCUUCUGCGGAACUCAGUCCCGCUGGUUAUCGAUUCUUCGUCGAUCUCUUUCUGCUAUUCGACAAAGAUAACGAUGGUGGUCUGAAUGACAACGAGUUGAAUGCCUUAUUCGCACCUACUCCCGGCCUGCCAUCACACUGGCUCGAAUCAAACUUCCCCGCUUCUACAGUCCGCAAUGAAGCUGGCCACAUAACCCUUCAAGGUUGGCUUGCACAAUGGUCGAUGACCACAUUUGUCAGCCCCGCCACUACUCUCUCAUACAUAGCCUACCUUGGGUUUGAGCCCACCCCUGGAAAACCUUCGACAACCACCGCUCUGAAGAUAACCAAACCUCGCAAAAGACGUCGCCGACCCGUUCGUACUGAGCGCAACGUAGUCCUUUGCUAUGUUCUCGGUGCCUCCUCGUCAGGUAAAUCUUCCAUUCUCGACGCCUUCCUCAAUCGUCCCUUCGAUCACCUCUAUCACCCUACCAUCAAGCCCCGUGUCGCCGUCAAUAGCGUCGAACUACCCGGUGGUAAGCAAUGUUAUCUCAUUCUCGAAGAACUCGGCGAACUCGAACCGGCCAUUCUCGAAAACCAAGCCAAACUCGACGCCUGCGAUCUCCUCUGCUACGCCUAUGAUUCCUCCGAUCCAGACUCUUUCUCCCACAUUAUCAACCUCCAUAAAAAAUACCCCGCCCUCUCAUCUCUCCCCUCAAUCUGCACAGCCCUCAAAGCAGACCUCGAUAAAACAACCCAGAGAUGCGAAAAACAACCAGAUGAAUAUGCACAUCUCAUGAAUAUGAAUGCACCAGUACAUGUAAGUGUCACGUGGCAUAGUAUCAGCGAGCUCUUCGUUACAUUAGCAGAAGCCGCAACGGACCCAUCGAAAGCGUUUCCAAAGAGUGAGGAGGAAGCACCUGAUAGAACGGGAGUAUGGAUUGCUCUCGGAGCUACAGCUUGUGCGCUUGUGGCAGCGGGCAUGAUUUGGAGGAGGACGUGGUAUGUUGGAUAG